CUUUUUCUCUAGUUCCAUGUCCAUUGUAAUAUGUGGAAUUCAUCUACUUGUUUGGGUAUAAAUUGUUGAGAAGUGUCUUCCUUUGAGUUCAAGUUGUAGACAAGUAUAGCUGAAUAUUGCAUUCAAGAAAUGGAAACUCAAGUGAAGUACAUGUGGGUUGUGAUGUUUGUUGUGAGUAUGAGCAUUGCAGGGCUCAACGGAGUGGAAGCAACUCAUGAUUACUAUGGUCCCUGUGGGAAACAUGACAUCGAGAAGGAAGCUCAGAAGCUGUCUCCAUGUACAUACGCUGCAAAAUACUGGAGAGCUCCGGUUUCUGAGCGUUGCUGUGCUAUAAUAGAGAAAAAGCUCAGCAAUCCAGGCUGCCUCUGCGCUAUUCUGCAAACUCGUACCGCAUACGAUGCGGGGGUGAGGCCAGAAGUUGCAGUGACCAUUCCAAAACGCUGCAACAUUGCAGUUCGUCCUGUUGGUCACAAGUGCGGAGGUUUCCCAUUUGUUUAAGAUUGACUCCCCCAUGGUUCAUCUUCCUGCACUACACUGCAUAGUAUUAGCAAUAUAAGUAUGCUGGAUUUUGUGGAAGUUGCUAGUCGAUAUGGUCGAUGAGCUUCACUGCGAAAUCCUAAAUAAAAUUGUAAUUGUAUGUUUGAAUAAUAAGUGAAAGUGUAGUUGUUUCUUUGAAUAAUAAUAAAUAAACUGUUACUUAUCUUUGCAAAU